CAGUUUUCUCUCCUUCUGCUCACAAUGGUCAGCACCAAGACGAAGGCUAAGUCGGCCGCCCGCGCUCAGACGCAGGGCAACUUCAAGUCCAACCGCAAGGUGCACACGAAGGUCCAGUGGAAGACCAAGCCGACCAAGAAGCAGGCCCGCAAGCCGCUCUACCCGCGCCAGUCGGCCCCGGGCAAGGCUCGCAUCAACGACUACUCGGUCCUCAAGUUCCCGCUCACCACCGAGGUGGCCAUGAAGGCUGUCGAGGACCACCGCACCCUCGUCUUCAUUGUGGACAUCCGCGCCACCAAGCCGCAGAUCAAGAACGCCAUGAACAAGGUGUACCAGGUCAAGGCCGCCAAGGUCAACACCCUCAUCCGCCCGGACGGCCAGAAGAAGGCCUUCAUCCGCCUGGCUCCCGAGCACGAUGCUCUCGACAUUGCCAGCAAGAUCGGCAUGUUCUAAGCAAACGAAAAACUCGAGACUAAUGUG